CAGACUCGGUUGCUGCCCUCACCCGCAAGCUGCGAGUGGGCGACGGCAGUGAGGAGGGGGUGGCGGUGGGGCCGCUCAUCAGCCCCGCAGCGCUGGAGAAGGUUACCGGCCACGUGUCGGACGCGGUGUCCAAGGGCGGCAAGGUGCUGGUGGGGGGCGGGCGGCCGGAGCAGCUGCCGGAGGGGCUGCAGGGGGGGAACUUCUUCGCACCCACCGUCAUUGCGGAGGCCAGCAUAGACAUGCGGUGUUUCAAGGAGGAGACGUUCGGCCCGCUCAUCCCGCUGUUCCGCUUCCGCAGCGACGAGGAGGCGGUGCUGCUGGCCAACACCACCGAGUACGGGCUGGCGGCCUACUGCUACACACGCGACCUGGCGCGGGCGUGGAGGGUGGCGGAGGAGCUGGAGUUCGGCAUGGUGGGCCUGAAUGAGGUGGGAAUCACCUCCGAGGUGGCGCCCUUCGGCGGGGUGAAGGCCUCGGGGCUGGGUCGCGAGCAGUCCAAGUACGGCCUGGCGGAGUUCAUGAACCUCAAGUACGUGUGCAUGGGUCUGGGGUAUGCGGCGUGA